AUGGCACCAAUUGACAGGUCCACAAUGCCCAAAAGGUAUUCUCAAAAGGAUAUCCUCGAUGCUGUGGGUGCGGUAAGACAGGAGAUGUCGUACCGGAAAGCUUCUAGCAAAUUCGGUGUCCCAGUCAUGACCAUCCAAAACCGGAUCAGCGGCAAGGUCGACGAAUUGGCACAAGCUGGGCGACCAACAGUCAUACCAGCCGAAGUUGAGGUGGAGCUAGUUGAAAAAACUAAACGGGCAGCGAACAUGAGAUUUGGAAUAACCAGACGAAUGUUGCUAGUGAAGAUUGGUAGAAUCGUCCGCAAGCUCGGAAUUAAGUCCCCAUUUAGAAAUGGCGUGCCUGGCAAGGAUUGGAUUGCGGGAUUUUUGAAGAGGCACCCAGACGUAAGCCUAAGGACACCACGGGCUUUAUCGACGUGCAGAGCAAGGAUGUUAAAUGAAACUGUCACAAACAAUUAUUUUAACGAUCUUGCUAGGCUGCUCGAGUCUCUUUGUUUACAGGACAAGCCUGUUCGCAUCUGGAACAUAGAUGAAACCAGCGUUCCACUGCUGCACAAGCCGGCUAGGGUGCUUGGGCCGUCCGGUGCGAAAAAUAUUCCCGGAAGGGUUGGGAAUAACCGGGAAAAUGUCUCUGUCCUGGCCUGUGUAAACGCUGCUGGUGGCGAGAUCCCCCCUCUGGUUAUUGUUAAGGGCAAAACUUACAAAAGUUUGCUAUCUUACAAUACUGAGGCCGGAGUUCCCGGCAGCGUUUACACAUUCCAGGAACGAGCUUGGAUGGAGGAUACGUUGGGCGAGAUCUGGUUUCGGGGCCAUUUUCUUAAACACUGUGGUCCAGCAAGGCCCCAGCUUAUAAUUCUGGACUCUCACUCAUCCCACGAGACACUUGGUCUCAUAGACGCAGCUAUCGCUAACGAUGUCCAUCUUUUAGCGUUUCCACCCCACACAACCCAGUUGUCCCUAGGGCUAUCAAAUUUGGCCAAGGAGGGAUGUAAGGGAAUUGUAGUUAAUUGUCCAAGUAGGUAA